CAUCAAAUGACAUGUCUGCUUUUGUCAACGAGAGCCGCGCCAGUCAGACAGCGUCGGGUCUGCCUGUGGUGCUCGUAGCCAGCCAGCAACAGACCGCCGCCUGAAUGUAGAUCCGCAUGGGCUACUGCUCCUCUUUCUCUCCAGACGACCAGCGGAACCAUAAGAUACGGAUCCCAGGAUGGUCUUAGUGCAUGUCGGAUAUCUGGUUCUUCCUGUAUUCGGCUCAGUAAGAAACAGAGGAUCCCAUUUCAACCGGCAGCAGCAGCAGCAGCAGCACAGCCAUGCUACCUCUUGCCGGCACUUCCAGUUAGGUCCUCAGGCCCCGCUGCCCAUGGACUUCCCCAUGCCCCACCCAGGGCAGCCGCAGUCAGGCAUUAACCCCCACCUGGCCCCUCCCGGCCACCAGCAUGGCCCUCCGCUCCACCCGCCCCUCAACCCCCUGCCAGCUCCCCAGUUCCAGGACAUCCCUGCCCCUCCCUUCCUACCUCAGGCAUUACACCAGCAAUACCUCCUCCAGCAGCAGAUCCUCGAGGCCCAGCACCGACACAUCCUGCCACCCUCCAGUAGACGCACCCCAGAGAGAGUUCCUCACCAGCCCCACAGACUGCGGCCCGGCUAUGAGUUUGCGCCCCCUCUUCAUGUCCCUCCUCAGCCUGUGGUGCAGCAGCCACGCUACCUGGCUGAGGGCACAGACUGGGAUCUAAGUGUGGAUGCUGGGUUGCCCCCCCACCAGUAUCACAUCCAUCCGCUCCCGCAGCACUAUCAACACUACUUGACCUCUCCUCGGAUGCACCACUUCCCUAGAAACAAUGCCUCAACACAAGUGGUUGUCCAUGAGAUCAGAAACUACCCAUAUCCCCAGCUGCACUUGCUGGCUCUGCAGAGUCUCAACCCCUCCCGCCACGCGUCUGCCGUUAGAGAGAGCUACGAGGAACUUUUGCAGCUGGAGGACAGGCUGGGUAGUGUAAACCGUGGAGCAGUCCAAACCACCAUAGAGAGAUUCACCUUCCCCCAUAAGUACAAGAAGAGAAUACCCCAGGACCUGAAGAUGUGUCUGGAUGAUGAGGAGCUGGACACGGAUGAGAAGUGCACCAUCUGUCUGUCGAUGCUGGAGGAUGGAGAGGAUGUUAGGAGAUUACCCUGCAUGCACCUCUUCCACCAGGGGUGUGUGGACCAGUGGCUGGCCACCAGCAGGAAGUGCCCCAUCUGUAGAGUGGACAUUGAGACCCAACUGACUCCCGACAGUUGAUAGCUCCUGUCGUCUCCUGCAGCUCUGGGUCUGGUCUUGUGAAUUCUCCAUCGCAUCCCUCCGGGGGAAGCUCUGCCAAACGCCCCUCUCUUCCCAUCUGCAUCACUCAACGAGCCUGCCUUCUGAGACAGCUGUGACAGAGGGAUCAACAAAGCACACUCACCUACAACACAACAAGGGAUGGGGGUUGAUGCAUAGAUAGGUGGCUGGACUGAAGGUUGGUUUGAAUGCACUUGCUGGGUGUUAAAGGUAGGAGCGGACAGGUAUGGACAGAUGUGCUGAGGCUUCACACACAGAGUCUGUCAGAUUGUGUACCCUGUGCGCAUUUCUCCAUACAGCCAUCAAGAGAGGACACACUCUCCCCAGCUCAGUGUGGCGUAUUAAGGCCAUUUCUCUGUCACAACAUCUAAACCCCCCCCAC